AUGGAUUCACUCUUCGUGCUGGCCCUUGUUCUGGUCAGUGGACUAUCUGCUUUUCCACCAAAACCAGUGAUUUACAUCGAUCCUCCUUGGACCACUUUCUUCAAAGGGGAAAAAGUGCUUCUGACAUGCAGUGGAUUAGAGAUCUAUGCACCAGGGAAAACUCAAUGGUACCACAAGGGGAAAAUGCUCCAAGAAACUCUUGGAAACAACAUAAGAGUUAACGAUACUGGGAUAUAUAAAUGCAAGACCAAUAAUUCACACCUCAGUGAUGCUGUAACUUUGACCUUUUCUAGAGUUCCUUUGGUCCUGAGGGUUCCAUAUGCUGUAUUUGAAGGAGACAGUCUGAUUCUUCGAUGCCAGGAAAAACAUAACAAGACUUUGACUGGUGUGACAUACUACAAGAAUAGAAAACUCUUCUCUGCUUUUAACCAAAGCUCAGAUGUCUUUAUCCCACAAGCAAGUUUAAGUAACAAGGGUCAAUAUUUCUGUACUGCAUUCAUACACAUGUCAUGGAAGACUAAAUCACAGAAAGAGAAUCUCUACAUCCACGAGCUGUUUUCACGUCCAGUGCUUAAAACAACAGACUCUCAGCCCACAGAAGGGAGUCCAGUUAAUCUGACAUGUGAGAUCUGGAGACAUCCGGAGAAGUUGAACAUCCAACUUCUCUUCUCCUUCUUCAGAGAUCCUGGGGCCAUCCUAUUGGGCCAGGCCAGAACCCAAGAGCUCCAGAUCCUGAAUUUCUGGAGUGAAGAUUCAGGGCCUUACUGGUGUGAAGUAGAAGCUGUGUUUCCUCGAGUCUGCAAACAGAGUCGCCCAAUAAUUAUGAGUGCAAGGAGAAUUCCCAUCUCUGGAGUUCACAUGGAGAUGCAACCUCAUGAAGGGCAUGUGAUGGAAGGGCAGAAGCUGGUUCUUCUUUGUUCAGUAGCUGAAGGCUCAGGGACCAUUAUAUUCUCCUGGCACAGAGAGGGCACAGAAGCCAUUCUGGGGAAGAAAAUACAGCGCUCAUUGGUAGCAGAAUUUGUGUUUUCUGCUGUGAGGGAGAGUGAUGCUGGGAAAUACUAUUGCACAGCUGACAACAACAGUAGCCUUAUUCCCAGCAGUUCUGUGAACAUCACUGUGACAAGUAAUGGAAGGGGACCACUUAUUGCAGGAAUCACCAUGCCCUUGGGUGGUAUUCUUGGUCUUAUUAUUGCUGUUGCUCCUCUGGUUUACUUCAAGCACCAAAGGAAAUCAGGGGAAAAUUCUUCCACAGACCUACGCAGGAGCCCUCCCAUUCAAAUCUCCCAAGAAGCCAUGGAAUCAUACGUAUCCGUUCAGUUGGAGCUUCAAGAAAUACACAGUGAUGGUAAUGAGACACCUUUUGUUGGAGAUGUGGUCUAUUCAGAGGUUCAGAGUACACAGCAGGGAAAAGAAGGUGCAGCAGAUGCCCCAGGAAAACCUCCAGAUGACAAGGACUAUCCAGUCAUCUACUUUUUAGUGAAGAAGGCAGAAGCUCAAGGAGAGUCAACUGGGAAUUCUGGGACUGUGGAUGAGUGCAAAGGAAAUACUACAGAUGGCUUUGAAAAUGUCCUGCCCUUCUGACCCAUUUAUGAGCCAUGGGCUCACAUUUGGCACAUUCUUUAAGGAUCUUAGAGGUCUUUUACUUUACCCAUCCUUUCAGCAUUCCUUCAAUUAUUCCAUUGGGGAGUGGGCAGCUAGGUGUCAGAGUGAAUAAAGCAUUGGCCCUGGAUUCAGGAGGACCUGAGUUCAAAGCUGGCCUCAGACACUUGACACUAGCUGUGUGACCCUGGGCAAGUCACUUAACCCUCAUUGCCCCACAAAAAACAAACAAAACAACCAUUCCAUUGGGAAACUAGAAACCCAUGGCUUUUGAAUUGUCAUGCCUUUAUGACUAUCCCAUUGAGUUCCUGAAGGACUGAAGACAUCGAGGAAGAAAUGCUUUUCUCCAUUUUCACAUUGGGAAAACAAAUACAAUGACACACACAUAUAUACACACAUCUAUUUAUAUGCGUGUGUUUAUGUGUAUAUUGGAGGAGGAAAUGGCAAACCACUCCAGUACCUUU